AUGUCGUCGCCGAGGUUUGGGAGCUCAUUUACGCAGCAGUGCUUCACAAUUGCUCUUCACUUGUUAUUCCUACUUGUUUCAUCUGCAAUCGUGCAACCCACAAGGUCAAAUCAUUCAAAGCGCAACGGUGCGCUAUUGACACUGAACGUCACGAGUAAAAAUGUAGUGAUGGACAAUGGCAUCAUCAAAGUCACCUUAACCAAUCCAAGCGGAUCAAUUGCAGGAAUUCAAUUCAAUGGAGUUAAAAACCUACUGAAUGAUUCUAAACAACAAGAAUAUAGAGGGCAAUGGGAUAUUGUGUGGAAAACCCCAAAUAGAAGAUUAAGUGUCUAUGAUAGGUUCAAUUUUAUGGCUAUAUCAGAUCACAUUCAAAGACGGAUGCCAACAGCUGCUGAUAGGGUGUAUGGCAGUCAACCCCUUGCCUACAAAGAAGCUGUCUUACUAACUCACCCAUCCAAUCCCACUUUCAAAGGGGAGGUGGAUGAUAAAUACCAAUAUUCAUUAGAGAGUAAAGACACUAAUGUACACGGAUGGAUUUGCCCUAAGCCACAUAUUGGAUUCUGGGUCAUUACAGGGAGUAGUGAAUUCCGAUCUGGUGGUCCUAUAAAACAAGAUCUCACCUCACAUGUUGGUCCAGUCGCCUUAUCGAUGUUUUUCAGCAAUCAUUAUGCAGGGAAAAUUCACACAGUGAGCUUGCGAAAUGGGGAGGCAUGGAAAAAGGUUUUCGGUCCUGUUUUUAUAUAUCUCAACUCGCAUUCACGCUACAAUCCACGAUACCUUUGGAAAAAUGCUAAAGAAACAAUGUUAUCAGAAACUAAAAGCUGGCCGUAUAAUUUCCCAAUGUCGCGAGAUUAUCCCAAAGGUCAUCAACGGGGUACCAUUGUUGGCAGAUUGCUAGUUCAUGACAGGUACAUAAGCAGAAAGUUAAUGUCAGCAAAAUUUGCAUACGUUGGACUGGCUCCACCAGGAAACGCUGGAUCAUGGCAACGAGACGUCAAGGGAUAUCAAUUUUGGACUCAAACGAACAAGACAGGAUACUUCAAAAUUCGGGCUGUUAGACCUGGAAACUACAACUUGUACGCUUGGGUCCCUGGAUUUCUUGGAGACUAUAAAUACAACAUUAGCAUUAACAUAACACCAGGUGACAAUAUUAAUGUUAGAAACCUCGUAUUUUAUCCUCCAAGAAACGGUCCAACAUUAUGGGAAAUCGGUAUCCCUGAUCGCAAGGCUUCAGAGUUCUUCGUCCCUGAUCCCAAACCCGGACUAGUGAAUAGGGUGUUCAUCAACCGUACCGCUGAAAAGUUCAAACAAUAUGGACUAUGGGAUCGAUACACAGAUUAUUAUCCUAAACACGAUUUGGUUUACACUGUCGGCAAGAGUGACUACACAAAAGACUGGUUCUUUGCUCAUGUAAAUAGAAGAAUUGGAAGGAACAAUGUAUAUGAAUCAACAACGUGGAGAAUUUUGUUUUCACUAAAUAAUGUUAACCGGAUAGGAACUUAUACACUGCGAAUAGCGUUGGCUGGUUCCUCGUAUGCCGAUAUUUUAGUAAUGCAAUAG